UGUUCCUAAACGGAUUGUUUAUCGUAACGGAUACAACAAUGUACGUUUACUUAGUUGUCUUCGUGAUUUUAUCGUAUUUAGUAUGCAUACGAUACAUUUACCUCCAACAUAGGCGGACGUUGGUGAAGUCUUUGAAAUGUGUGAUGAAAAUAUCCGCAGACAGAGAACUAAACAACGCUAACGUCACUGCCCUGAUCGUAACUGCGCAUCCGGACGAUGAGUGCAUGUUCUUUGCGCCGACGAUCAUACGACUCAGGGAGUUAAAUGUUAGCGUUCAUUUACUCUGUUUAUCAGAAGGAAAUUAUUACAAUCAAGGACCGGAACGUCAUCGUGAACUUGUCAGCAGCUGUGCCGUUCUGGGAAUACCAAACUCCAGAAUCACCAUAAUAGAUGAGGAAAAACUUCCAGAUGAUCCCAAAGCUGAAUGGAGCACUGCAUUGAUUUCCUCUGUAGUAGCAAAGCAUUUAAGAGCUCACACCUUCAACCUGGUGCUGACUUUUGACGGGUCUGGAGUGAGUGGCCAUGCCAAUCAUGUAGCCAUCUAUAAAGCUAUCAGACAUCUCGUCUCCACCGGAGAAGUGCCCAACGAAUGCACCUUUCUCUCGCUGGUGACUGUUGGCCUUCUCAGGAAGUACUUCUCCUUCCUGGAGCUUCCCCUCAGCUGGCUACUGCCAUCACACUUCUGCGUCCUUGUUGGCUCACAGGGAUACAAACAAGCCAAAGCCGCCAUGCUGUGUCAUGGCUCUCAGCUCUUGUGGUUUCGCCGCCUCUACAUCGUCUUCUCACGCUACAUGUUUGUAAACACAUUCCUGGUGAUUCCACGGGGACCAAAGAUCACCAAAAUUUAUUAAAAGCUCACCUCUGUGUUACGUUAAAGUUGAAAUCUACUGCCUGGCUGCUCUGAAAAGACAGAUUUUACACUGUUUUUUGAUAUGUAUAUAUAUUUGUAUAUAUAUUUUUAUUCUUUAUGAUGUAAAACAUGUUUACAGUUUUUUUUUAAAACACGAAUGACUGUUGUGUUUGUGUAAAAUAACACUAACUACAGAUUGAACCAAAUAAACGCCUUUGUUGUGGGUCUACUCUU